UUUUAACGUAGACAUAACCUCCUAUAAGCCGAUAAAUAAAAAUAAAUAAACAGAUCUGUUAAGAUUUAAAAAUGAAUUGCAUUAUCCCAGGACAAAAUUUAAAGGUUUUUGCCAAAGCCCUAUAUACUCUAGGCAAAAUCGGAGACAAUUUGUUUGUCGAGGUCUCCAAGAAGCAACUAAAAUUAAUAACAAUGAAUUCGAGAAAAACCGUAUGCUCCCAAUGCAACCUAUUAGACACGUUUUUUUCCAAUUAUGAAAUAAACGAAAACGAUUUGGACUCAACGGGUACAAUGUCCUGUAAAAUCCAAAUGAAAUUCCUCCUGCCUUUGUUCAAAGGCACGCACCUAGAGAAAAAGUUUGAUUACGUGAAAAUCGAAUUUACAAAGCAUAGUGAUUACAUCGUGUUCAGAAUGAAGUACAAAUGUGAUGAAAUUCUGAUGACCCACAAUCUUAGACUGAUGGAUACGGAAACCUUAACAAUCGGUAUCUCACCCGAUACCGGAUGUAAUACCAUCGGUACGACGAGCGCCUUCUGCAAUCAACUUUUGGGCAUGUUCAGUAAUUUAGAUAAUGAAAUUUUAUUCGAAAUAUCUACGAAUAAAGCUGUUGUAAGAAAUUAUUUUGUUGGUGAGCCAGUAAAAUCAAAAACCGUACGAAGUCAAGUAAAUUUAAGUGGGACAGAAUUUACCAUGUAUAGCAUAAACGAAGAAACUGUAAUUAAUUUUUCAUUAAAGCCAUUUAGAACAGCUGUGAAUUUCGCGGAGUCAUUUACGUUGAAUUUAACGUUAAAUUUCGAAAGAGGAGAUAAACCUCUGUCUAUAAUAAUAAAGAAUCCUACGUUUGAAUUGUACUUCUUCAUAGCUACUUCGAAUCCCCAAAGCGACAAUCAAAAAGCAAAUUCCACUAAUAGUAUACCCACUAAAGUCACGCAAACGAAUAAUACAGAUAUAUCUGAAGAAGAUCGACAGGUUCUUUUAAACGAAAACUGGGAGGAAGGUUUUAAUUCAGAGAGUUUCGAUCGGAUACCGCAUAAAAUUACAAACAGUAACAGCACUUCCAAAAACAAUCAAUUCGUUGAUAUAGUUGAAGAAGCGCUACCGAGGAAACGUAGCUUGUUGGAUGACGAAAAUGCAAAUGUAAUGGAACAAGAUGGAGAAUCGGAAGAAUUCAACGGAUUUUCGCUUUCACAAAACUCAAAAACCAAAAGGGUUAAGCUCGUUUUGGGUCGAUGUUUUGAAGAUUCUUUCUCAUCACAAACACUCGGGAACGUAUUAGCACCUAAUUCGGAUUCGGAAUAAGUUAAUUUAUUAUUGUAAUUUGUAAGAAUAAAAUUAUGUUCAAAUU